AUGCCCGUCAACCUUAUCAACAACAACAACGCUGGGAACAUCUCUCACCACUUCCGCUACCCAGGGAGCACCGCACCCGGCUUUCAACUCUCGCCGUUGGAAUUAUACCUCCCGGUACUGCCUGUACAGGCAAGGACUGCAGCACAGGCUGUAACUGUUCAUGCCGCCGCACCGGCUACCCGGGGUGUAGCUACGAUUGUUCAGAGUUAUACCAACAAUAACGCUUCGCAAAAUCAGGGCGGUGAUCAUGGGGACGCCCCGCUGCGUUCCCCUCCUGAUACACCGCUGAUCGCCCGCCGUCGUGCUCCGGUGCCCCAGGGACAGCCACUUCCGCUCUUCGACAUCGACGACCAAAUCAAUUUGCUCCAGGCUUUCUUGAUUGUUAGGCCAACGGGUCGUCCACCCCACGAAAGAGAAGAAGCUUGGUGGUGUGUCGGCGAGUGGUUUAUCCAUCUCCAUCAGGACGACGCUCAAGAGGAAGGGCACGACAUCAUUUACUGGCACCUUUCUGGCGCUGAUGCCGGACAAAUCUUGAGGACGACACUGGCCGUUUUUCCGUUUGAUGAAGAGUACUUGCCCGAGAAGGAGGAGGCCGAGGCGGGAAGUACCGGUUGGUAUUUCGACGAGAUCGUUCAGCGUGCACACGUUGUCAUGGAAGAAGAUGCUUACAAUACGACAUCGUUUCCCCCACGCUACCUCGAGCGUGCCUUGCCGAGCGCUCCGCCCACUCGAGUCGCCCAUCUCGUUCAGGACGAGUUCGAGGGUGUACUUGCAUCCCUGCGGUUGAAGGCAUUACGCUUGCUCGACGACCUUCAUGCCGACGAGCUCGAGGCUCAUUCCAGGUGGAACGAAAGAGAAGCCGAUAAGAAGGCCUACCAAGCUGAAAUCCAACGCGUCCGUGGGCUCAUGAUUCCUCCUGGCCAGGGCAUGGAUGUUUUCGAUCAGUUGAGUGCUACAAUGGAGUAUUAUAAUGAAAGGGAGGAGCUGCGAAUCUUGGAGGAUCACGAAGAUAUUCGUACACGUCGAGUAAAGAUGGCUACAGCACGCAAACAAUCUUCAAAUACUGCCGAAAUCCAGGCAAAACUCGACCACUCUGCCGCUGCUGUGCGCAAGUUGGUAUCUUCCUGGUUACCUGAAGAAUCAGGCGAGUCUGGCAAAGUCGAUGAAAAUGAGGAUGACGACUCGUUACUGGUUCCGAGGCCUCCCAGGCUUGGCCUCGGCGCCUCCAGUGCAGAGAUGAACAAGAAGAAUACACCCAUGGACGCAACCGCAAAGCUGAAGCGCAAACUUCUCGGCCGGCAACCACCUCGACGAACUGAAGCGAAGCUUACCACUACCGCACGGAAAGAGGAAUCAUCCGACGACGAGGAAGAGGGCCGAGGUUCAAUAGGCAAGAAGAGGAAGGCUGUGCCUGCUCCUGUUGGGGAGAAGCUUCAGGCGGAUGCGUCUGAUUCGGAGUCUGAAGAGAAGGAGGGUGGUAGCAAGAUGGGUGGAUUCUCGUUUGACAGCUAUAAACAGGAGAAGUCAAAGAAGGCAAAGAAGAAGAAGAGGAAUAAGCAGGCCACUGCUGCCGCUAAUGGAGGUCAGUGA